GUCGAAAGCAUGGCGUACAGCACACGCUUAUUUUAAUAUAACCCAUAUGUUCCUAUGUGUAUAUAUGCGCGCAUUCCCGUUGCGCCCCCUAAAACUUUAAUAUUUUUUUCUGUUAACUUUUCUUUAAUUCGAAUCGUGCGCAGGUGCACCGUGUCGUAUUGUCCCGCACCACAGUGUUCCCCUGUUAGCGGUGAUCGGCAGGGUAUACCUUCGUCGACUUGUUCGCAGGUUCAUUCGCCCAUCGGCAAAUCGAUCAAUCGCUUAUGGGCUUAUCGGCCCAUCCCGCGUGCGUGAACACCAUGUGGGCUACUUAAAAAAGAGUGACUAUAAUUGUUAAAAUGGCAAUUCAGUGGAAAGAUUCACGCGCGCUUCGUUACGUUCUACAGGGUUGUGCCACACUGCACGAUUAGGACGCCCAACCCGAUUGACACGUCUAACAUGGUUGUGCGAGUGGAAGGCCAUCUUUUGUGCGCACGGGGAAAACCGCUUAUGUCUUUGCAGAGCGAAAGGCAUGAGGUAAGUUUCGAGUUCAGCAAAAAAAAAAACAAAAAAAAAAUAAAAAUGUACACAUAUAUAUAUACAUAUACAUAUAACAUAUGUAGCGCUGCUCCUCCGUGGAAAGCGAAAAACGCAGCACGAAAGUGACGCAGAAAAAGUUUACACAGUCAUGACUUCGGGUGUGGCCAAUCUGCACUUUCGCUUUGCGCCAUUUGAAAGGGAAAAAAAAAAAAAAAAUAAAUACAGUGCGUAUAUGCGAGGAAGACGAAGUGGGCACCCCCACUGUGCGAAGCAACGGAGAGAUGCUGCCAAGUAAGCGGAAAUAUGCUGCGAAGUAAACGAAAAGAUUCCCGCCAAGUGCAACGAAACGAUGCCCGCCAACUACGACGGAAUAAGGAAGCUGUUUAACUACUACAUUAGGGAGUACUACUACCAGAAGUCCAAGGGGACCUACUUCGUCCACAUUAAGAAGCCCGGGAUUUUGUUUACGUCCCUAAAAUUCUACAAAAAAAAAAAAACCCUCUUUCCAAAUGUGUAUGACUGGUACUUUGACAAUUUAAGUCACAUGAAAAAAAAUAAAGACAUUUUAAAAUGCCAAAAUGGCUACAGCACAAAAAAUAUUUACUCUUACAGAUUAAGCCGGGGGGAGAGGGAACAGAAUGACGUGGAGAGUGGCAGCAUUUACACAAAUAACUCGGAGGAAGACCUGCAAUGUACCUACAGAACGAGCAACUUGUAUUACAACAUGCACCCGGUGUACUUGGCCAAAAUCUGCCUCUACGACUUAAACGAUCAUCACAUAUUAUUUUCGAACAACUACUAUGAUGCUUUUAUGCAAUUUUUCUACAGCGUUGUCUCUUACAAAAUGGAUGUAAAUGAUCUGCAAAUUUUCCCCAACUUGAAGAUCCUAAUCAGUCACAUUAAAAACGUAAGUAAUAUAAUUAACGAAGAAGUGGUCAAGAGUGCCUUUGUGUAUUUCAUUAGGCAGAAAAAAAUACUCGAUGAGGAGUACCUGCGCGGGGUACUUGGGAGCAUUUACGCAACCAUGCUGCACAACUGCCCCCUGUAUUUGUUCCUGGACGACGUUAAUCAGUUCAAGGUCGUUCUUCGCCUUGUGGGUGCAGCGGGAGAAAUACAAAACCUGUUUGAGAGCGCCCUGCCGUACCCCUACUAUUUGGUACUGGACCAAAGCGUAAACAUUUAUAACCUGCAAAGUUUCAACAUUUACUUGAAAAAAAUUUUGGAGGCGAAAUUGAAAGCGCCAUUUUCUGGUGACUCAGCUGGGGGCAUUUCGCCCUCCCCCCAGGUGGGCCUAUUCCCAAAUGCUCGAAGUGUAGAUAGCCAUUCGGAUAAUUCUAGCAACGGGGGAAGACCUCACGGAAGCAGUCAUCUCAAUGAGGAUGCAGCACAGGGCAAACCCUUCGCAAAAUCGGAGGAAGAAAAAUCACAGCAGGUUGCAAAUAUGCAGGGUAAACCAAUUUACUUCUUUAAGCUGAUAAAAAUUUUUGACAUGAAGCCGAAUUAUCGCUUUGUCCAAAAGGGUGCCAAAUGGUAGGCAUCGCUUCACAUUUUUGCCUCUUGCAAGUCGUGUGAUAUUUCUACGUUUGAAAUUUUAGCCUCGCCGACCGCCGAGGGGGGGUUCCUACUGCGUAGUUGGCGAUUUGCUUAUCUGUGCAAAGGGUUUUUUUUAAAUGGAGUUGGGGUAAUAAUGCUGCCAUGUUGCAAAGUUGUCAUAUCGCCAUGCUGCCACGCCGCCACGCUGCCACGCCGCAAUGCUGACCGCCCCCCCUAAUGCCGCGCGUGGAGAUACCCCUCCAGCCGCUGCCUCUCCCUGGGCGAGUACUGCUCCAG